AAAAUGUUAGUGCGUCUUAUGGAGCCGGUCCGGGCACCCGGCUGUCAUGCCGAGCGCCAUUACAGAAGCCGGGAAGACAGCGCGCCGCUGGAUAGAGGAACAGGUAAGAUCAAAGAACAACUCUGCGGAAGUGGGAGCGGGUAUCUGUCAAAUUCAGGUACCCGCUCCCCCCCCUCCCCAAAGGUCAGCAGUCGUCUCCUGUGCUGUCCGCAGUCUCUGGUCAUCCCUGUACUGUCCACAGUCUCUGGUCAUCCCUGUGCUGUCCGCAGUCUCUGGUCAUCUCCUGUACUAUGUCUGCAG